CUGCGGUGCCGUGCACGGGCGACGGUCGCCACUCGAUAGCCCGGCGGCGGUUCGACGGUACCGACCGAAACCGAAACCGCAAGCGAGAGGGGACCAAGGGGACCGAACGCGCGGCCGCGAGUGUCUGUCGGCCGUGUCGAGCGAAACAGUCAACGCGCGGCGCGAAAUCGCAAGACAUAAAAAUGAUCUGGUUGCUGUUUAAAAACUGCCGGAAGAAGAAAAACAACGGGUGCGCGGUCCAGGCGGACCCGUCCGGGACGUCCGCCCGGGAGAAAAUCGUGCUGCGGGACGUCCUGGCCCGACUGGACGCGUUAAGGCCGGACGGCGGCGACGACAACGACGACGGCGGCGGCGGCGUGUACAUAACCGACGGACACUUCGACGGCCUGUCCGUUUUGGGAAUUCGCGGUUCCGGCCGAUAUUACGGGGCCGGGGCGGGCGAAGCGGCCGGCCGCAUAACCGUCGUCGACGGUCCGGAAGACGGCGCGGAAGACGGCGCGGAAGACGGAGCCGACGAGGCCGCCACCGCCGCCGCGACCAGGAGCACCGCGAAGGUGUCCGAUAAGCUGCUGCGGACCCUGCAGUGCCCGUUUACCUGGGCCGAGCUCGGUUGGGACGAGAACGCCGCGGGCCGCGUCCAAAGCAGACACGGCAGUUACAACACCGCGGCCAUAGUCUCGUCCGCCGGGUUUUCGUUCGAAAAGUAAUCGCCGUUAAAAUACGACAAUAUCACCGGUCUCGUCUGUAUUUCACGCUGGCCCCCUAAAGUCCCCUCCACCCACCCGCUAAAAAACCGCGGGGGCUGCGACCGUUUCUCCGAAAAACCACGGGUACGGGUUAACGUGUACAGCUGCGGCGGUCUACUAUCAGUGACGCGAAACCCCGAAAUCCCGGUUUAAGAACGUAGCGUGUCCCCCGCCCCGUUCGGUUGUACAGCGUGAGUUCCGUCUGAUACGCGACCGCCGGUUUUUUAGCAUCGACCGGUUCACCACCGGAUCAAAGACGACGAAAAUCCCCCGGACCGGACCGUAUGGUUAGGACUAAUGUCAAAAAUCAACCUUUUAUUAGAACACACCGCCAAGCGCCGGAUAAUCGGAAUCGCUUUUGCGAACAUUCCUAUCUCGUUUUUACGGCCGUUUUCGAACCGAUCAAUUUCUGUAUAAACGUAAAACGUUCUCUACGGCAGUGGAGUAUUUGACGGGUGGGAGGUGAUGGGGGGUGAUUGCCGUGUAUACACAUACAUAUAUAGGUACGACAGUUACGUGUCGCCGGAAAAGCGUCGUCGGACACGAAAAUGAAAACGAAAACGCUCCGCGGUAACAUCGAGUACAGCGCCGGCCCGAUUGACUCCGGUGCAGAAUUUCGCGGGUGCCCCCACACACAUGUAUUUUUACGUUUUCAGACGGAUUCCACUUUGUUUUCGCGUAAUUUUAUGAACUUCAAUGUCUUGUUAGAAAUCUAAAUUCGUACCCACGCGUAAACCGACGAAAUCAAAUGUGUAUUUUUAUAUUGGACACGGGACGAGUACAGGGGGAUGUACACCCGCUCAGGUACGAACGAUAUUUUUAUUUUAUCGAACACAAUGACGUAAAUACGGCGUAACAAGUGUGUUUUCCAACAUCCUGUACAAUUAAAUGGUUUGUUUUUUUUUUUUUUUUAUUUUCGUGCUUUUAUCGAUGCGAACCGGUCAAACUGUAGCUCGGAAAGAAUCGGCGAUACAACGACGCUGACAAAAUAUGUUUGAGCGCGUUUUCGAGCCAGUAUAACAUAAACGCGUACAGCCGCGUAUAAAUCGGCGCCGUGUUGAUUUUCGUCCAUGACGUCCCGUCCCGAGAAAACCGCACGGCCACACGGGUCGCACUUCGCGUACUAUUGGGACGAUAUCAAUGUGAUUAUUCAUGGAUAAAGUGAUACACGUGGGACGCUUAAUUUGCGGGGCCCGCUUGCCCCCCCCCCCCCUCCCCGCCUUAGGGCCGGCACUGGAUAAACGUGAUGGAAUAUAAUAACCUAGAGUAUAAUAAUUUUAGUGUCGCUCCUCCUCCUCCACCCGCCCCAACACUAUAAAACCGAGUCGGACGCGCCACGCCACUGGUCCACGGGACACAUGUGUAAUUUUUUAUUUUUGCUCGCAGAUACGUCAGCGGUCUGAUCGUGUGUUGCGGACUGUUUAAAGCGAACAAACCGGACCGGGCGUACGAACGGUUGACGGACAUUUGGCGGUGGUUGGACAAACUGGACGACGCCAACGAACCGUUUUACCUGACCGUCAGGGACGGACUGAAACACGUCGUCAUGUCCGCGUUGUGUCACGUGCUGUACGCGACGAACAAAACGCAAUGCCAACAGGUGGGUACGGUCUUGUCAGCGAGGGCGCACAUCCGUCGAAACCCGAGGGUGUGACAAUCGUAAAAAAAAUUUUAAAAAAUAACUCGAAAACGAAGAAUCGACUAAAUCGCUUUUAUUAAAUGACGAAACAACAAGUAUAAAUUUGUCUACGUGAACCGCAUAAACAGUGUGUUUCAAAACGAAAACUGUAAAUUGCGUUUUUGCAAACUGAUUUUUUCAACAGACUUUUUCGAGGCGCGGUCGAUUUCGGGCGGUUUACGUUUGGGCGGGUUUGCAAAAAGUGCAUCGUGUUCGGGCGGUUUUCCACGAUGCGUUUGGCCUUACGUAAUAUUAUAUUUAAGCAAAUUUAAAUUAUCAAAAAAAAUAAUAAUAAUAAUAAAAACUACAUUUUCUUUUUCGCCGUUUUUCGUAUUUUAUGGCGUAUUAUUAUAGCAUAUUACAAGAUUUGUCAGACGCAUAUUUCAGUCAUUUUCAGUGCUACGAAAUCCGAGUUGUCACUGAUGUUAUUCGCGAACGGAGUGAGUGAAAACGCCUGUAAAAAAUUACCGCAAACGCGCGCGGUAAAUUCAACGACGCGGUGUUGGUUAAUGGAAAAAUUAUUAUCAAAACGAUUGAGUAUUUUCCGAAAACAAAAUGAGUUCACGCGUCUGUCUUUGUCUGACGGCAGAUAAAUGCGGACGAGAUAACUACACUACACCUAUUUCAGACGGCACUUAAAAAUUAAAAUGUGCAAAUAAGACACAUUGUUAAGAGCGUUAGUCGUUUGAAAAAAAAAAAAUAAUAAUAAUAAUAUAUCUAACUAUUCGUAUAGAUACGAAAAUACUUACACUUAAAAUAUUAUUCGAAUACAGAGUGUCCCACGAAAAUAUACCUAUUGCAAUGUCUCCGGAGACAAUAUUAAGAUAAUAUGAUUCUGCGGGUUUUUUUUUUUUUUUUAAUUUUAAUAUUACUCACACGGAUGAAGACUACCGACAUUUUUUUAUUUUAAUUAAAUUCGUACGUUUUGGUAAAAAAAUUCAAAAAUAAACUUUGAAUUUUAUUAUUUACGAACAAUUUGUAGACAGCCAUUUUAUAGAGUUUAUUCAUUUGAAUAUGUUAACGUUUCAACUUCUUAUUUUCAUUAAAUUCUCGAUUUUUUUAUCAUUUUUUUUUUUUGAAGUUCGCAGAAAAGUAUAUCUAUAAUUGUACAGCAAGGUCAAAUUUGCUAAUUGUUUUUUAUUAUUAUUACGGUUAGUUCACUGUAGCCUUUUUUUUUCUCUGAACUAUGAAAAACGAUUAAAAAAUCACGAAUUUAAUGAGAAUAGCAAAUGCAUCAAAAUUUUCAGAAAAAUAAACUCUAUAAAAUUGGAAUUUGAUUAUCAAUGGGUAUAUCUUCGUGGUACACCCUGUAUAAGGUGUCGAAAAUAUGAAGUAUAAAUACAUUAUACGUGAUAACUAAUAAUAUACACUAUACUAUACUAAUACUAUUUGUAUUAUUCCACCGACUAUUGUAUACAGCUCGUGUGUUUUUUAUCUGAAUAAAUGUUAUUUAAUAGGCUGACAUUUACGUAAGUAAGUAACUGUUCUAUAUUAUGUAUACACACGAUAGCAAAUAAACGGUAUACAAGUUCUCGAAAACUUCACACAAGUUCUUAAUACUGUGAAAAGAAAAAAAAUACCCGAGGUGUAGCAGUAGAGCUCUCGUCACUCAAGUGGAAUUUGCUCCCAUCUAUUUUGAGUGAAACGAUAAAUAAACCAAUUCAGCCAUAUUUACCCGUCGAUGAUAUAAAUGAUAUUUUGGAGAUCGCGAAUCAAAUCCUACUCAACAUCCCAGCGCUAUCUUAGGUAUUUAUUUAUUUAUUUUAUUUUUUUACAAGCUUGGUGAAUAAUCCAAAAUUUCAAAAGCUUUUCAACAAGAUCGAAACUAAGACCAAAGUGUUAAGUCUGGGAAACAAAGAAAAAGACAAAAAUAUCCUGUCAAGUUUCAUGUCUUAUUUAGUUUAUUUACUACUUAAUUUCAAUUAAGGAAAUUUGAUUUCAAUGAGAAAAACAUACUUACGGCAUUCUAUAAAUACUAUAGGUAAAUCAGUGACGUAAAUAUGGGAACGCGGUCGCAUUAGGGCCCUACACAAUCCAAGGGGCCUACGCGAAACCUCACUGUUUUAUCUAAGUAAUCAACAGCACCGAACUUAGAGCUCGCGAAGUAAAACUUUAACUAUUGACUGCCGCUAUUAACAUUAACUACUUAUCAGGUUGAAAUGUAAAACUACAAAACCGGGAGCGCGCGCCUACACGCUGCUAUUUGUGUAACACGGUGUAUUCUAUUGCACACACUAUUGUUUUAUAAUAUUUUUUAGCUAUACGAGAUGACAACGCGGUUCAAUGCGAUUGACUCGAAAUCGCGGGCGGCCGUUUACGGUGUGCGCAGUGCGGUCGGCAUCGAGUUCGGCGGCGACGCUUUACGCAAAGCGGUUCAGUACGCGACAAAAGCACGCGAUCUGGACGCGGACACGGCCCACUGGAAUUACUAUCGCUCGGUGGCGAUGACCGCUCACAGACAGUACCUGGACACGUGCAAGUCGAACCCUACCGUGGCCGAGUUCGACGCCAUACAGCACGCGAUCAUAUUGUCGACGGAACCGAACCCGUAUUUCAAUUUCCACAGAAUGGUCCUGAUGAAGAACAAAAUACUGUACCAUUACUAUGUGAACAGUCGGCACAGCGUCGGCAGCGGCCGCGGCGACGACACCGACGACGACAACAACUGUGUUUACAUAAAUAAAAAAGAGUCCGACAAAAUCAAACGCGAUUUCGAUAACAUCAUAGAACUGAUCAAGUACAAAUUUGUCCGUUAAAUACUUGUGCGUUAUAUCUGGUCCUAUGGGCAACAGUGGCUUUAGUCGAUUUUUUUUUUUUUUUCGUCGUUUUUACGCAUAAUCUUGUCUUAUGCGAUUUCGAUCGCUUUAUUAUUUGUUUGUCUGUCGAUAAUUGCAUAAGCGUAUGCAUUUUCAAAAUCGCAUUUGCUUACAAUCGAAACAAUACAACAUUGACUCUUGAGCCCUUUUUCCCCGACACCACUGAUAUAAAUCGGUCGUCGUAUUUCCAGUAGUUACUAACCAAUAUGCAUACUUUGUGUAGGGCGAUCGUCGUCGUGGAACCGGACGAUCCACAUUUGGUUGUAAAGUGCGCCGUUUCCCUGAUGACGUUGCCGUAUUUCAACCAGGACAUCGUUCAUCUCGUCAAACAAAUCAUAUCGAUUGCAAUAAAUAUAGCCCCUAACGACCCGUCAGUAAAUCAAGCGAUUGAGAAUAGCGUCGAGGUUUACGAAGAACUAUACGAUAUUUACAAAGAACUGGAGCGUAAAGUACGUCCGUGUUAAUAGUAUAAAUAUUUAUUGUAUCAGAUACAGUUUUUAUGUAUAGAUAUCUCGCGAUUUAAAAUUAUUGUAAUUUAAUAUUAGAAUGAAAAGAAAGAGCUUUUGGAAAGUGUUAAAAAUCAAAAUCCGAUUAAAAUUGAAACGGAGAUCAAAGAAGAAAACCAGGAGGAUGAUAUUAUUUUAGAAAAUGAUUUCAAGAGCAUUGUAAAGAAACACAAGAAACGGGGCAGUGUGCCGUUAGAGGAUUUAAUCAAUCUUUUAAAUAAAUUCGAUGGACACAAUGAAUGGAAAAUAAUUGCCCAAAUUUGUUCGUAUUCGAUAAUUUUCGUAGAUUCGUCGAAUCUUCUAAACGGUGUAGAACAAUUCAUGAUGUUAAUUCGAGACAGGGACAUCGCCAACAGCGAUAUUGUCAAGGUAAGCAAAAGAUUAAAACUUUUACUAGUUUAUUGGUUUUGUUUGUAAAUUUUGGGACAUGGUAAUUUUACUGUUAUGUCCCGUGUGAUUUUGUUGUGUAAGAGGUGAGUAAGGUUUUUUUUUUUUUAUUGCACACGUUUAAAGGAGAAACAAGUGUCGCCUGGUUUUCAUAAACAAUUCAACUAAGAUGUUUAUUUGUAUUCAUUUUUUUUUUAUGUGAACACUUUUUCUACCAGAAAACUUACGCCAAUUAUCAAAUAUAGCACAUUUUCUAGAAGAAAAUAUUAUCUGGGUGGUAUUUUUGAGAAGUCAUUUUUUGAAAUUAUCAUUAAUAUUCGAGAUAAUGAGGAAAACCUGAUUCUUUUUUAGUAAAAAAAGAUUAAAAUAUUAGAAAUAAGGUUUUCAUUGGCAACCGUUUUUAAUUUAUUUUUCAUUAAGUUUUUAUUAUUUUAAUAUUUUUUAAACAAUCAUUGUUGCCACGGAAACGCACAUUGUUGUUAUUAUUUUACCAUAAUAUGACAUAUUAUAUAUUGUUGACAAAGCAACACUAUCUACUGAACUCCGUUUAGAAUAUUUUUUUCGUUAUCAAUGGUUUAUUGUUGCUUACAGAUAUAUAUUAAAUUCCCGUCUGUAUCCUACCUUUCCAACUUCCCAUCUACAGCAUUGGCUGCACCCACGUGUAAAGUAUAAGAUACCCCAACUCAUUUACGUGCUUAAUGCGACACGCUAUUUUAUCUGGUUUUUAAGACAAACGUUAUUUUUCAGAACCAUAGAUCGAUAUUUAUAACAGAUCCGUCCAAGGUGUUCAACUUGGCUGAAUUGGUGUGCAACGAGAUCAAAUUGGCCAUCAUGUUUGGCCGCACGAAAAAUCAAGACGAAACGCAAUUUUAUUUGGAUAAGUUAACCGAGAUUAUGGAAGUGUGUCAACUUAAAUCGAAAAAAGCCAACACUGCAUUUGUAUCUGACUUGAUCGCGGCAGAGUGUACGAAGAAAGAACCGAAGCAACGGAACACUAUCGACAAACCCACCACGUCACAAGGCUCCAACAAGAACAACAAACCGCGUCGCCCGAAACAGAAUUUGAAAAACAAUCAUACUCGAACAAUUAAACACAAAACAAAAGUAUAUAGGAAUAAAAAGUCUUAUACGAACAUAGGAUGAUUUUUAAGAAUGCUAAUCCCAUUUUUUAAACUUAAAUAACAGAUUUACUGAAAUACAAUUUUUUUUUUUUUUAAAUGUGUAUGCAUUGUGUUUCGCGUGAAAUAAACAAAAGCUUAUAUUGCUAUAGAAUAUUC